UUAGUUGGGCGGGCGCACAGCGGAAGCGACGUGCUGGUUCAGCAGCCAUUGAUGCGCUUUAUUUCCAAGAGGACAAACCGAGCUGAAUUGUUCUUUCGCUGAGGUUUUGUGCGGACUGAAGCCAUGGUGUCUCACUCCGUCGCCCUGCCGAUGAUCUGCUUCACCACGUUAUGGGGGCUAGUGGGGGUCGUGGCCCCGUUUUUAGUGCCCAAGGGACCCAACCGGGGAGUGAUUGUCACCAGUCUCAUCCUCACAGCAGUCUGCUGUUACUUGUUUUGGUUGGUCGCCUUUCUGGCCCAAACCAACCCUCUGUUCGGCCCUCAGCUGAAGAAUGAAACUAUAUGGUACCUGCGCUACUUCUGGGAGUAAAUAGGGACUGUGUGGUGUUAAGCCUCUCGUCAUUCCUACCCCUUGGUUUGCUGGACUUAAUUUCAAUAUUACUCCAAACACACAAACACACACACACACACACACACACACACUUCCAAUCUGGAGAAUUGAUGGAUUAUUUCAUAAAUGACCACAUUUCACAACCCUAUAAGUCAGGAUGAGUGUGGGGAAUACUUCAGAAUAAUGUACAGUAACUGGAAUAUAAGAUUUACAGUUUAUUAGACAGAUGUGUGUUUGUUUAAAGUUGCGACUUACAGUGGGGGCAUGAUGAUGAAAGUGAAACCACUGUUAGGAGUAGACGUUAAUGUCCCUUCUCUAUAAUGUGCAAUCCUUUAGUUUACUCUGUGUUUGUUUACAUUUUUUUUUUGUUUUGUUUUGUGUCGCUGCCAUCAGGGAACAUGAAUUUGUAAAUGUAUUUAUUUUGGCUUGCGGACGCUGAUGCAAGCUUGUUGUAAUCACCUCAGUGUCCACAUGAUCUUGUUAUAUAAGUGUUAUUAUCUGUGAUGUAAUGGCGUGUGUGCGUGCGUGUGUGAAUAUGUGUGAGCGUGUGAAGAGUUCAUUAAUGUGAGUGUUUGGACCGCGGCCAUGAGAAUCUCCUAAAACCGUAAAAGUGAAGAGCGAUUCCCUCCACUUUAGACCACUUCAGCAUGAAACUCCCUCCCACAUUCCCCUCAUGCUCCACGCCGCGGAGGUCCUCGUUGCCAUGGUGAUCUCAUCACCCAAUUCAGUCCUUCUCCACUCGACCCCGUUUGAUGAAAUCCUGCCCGUUCUCGCCUGCAUGUGUACAGACGUACUGUAGGUUGUACUGUACAUGAUUUUGGAGCGAAGCUGCCGAUGAAUUCUCUUCACUUCUAACGUUCCCUCACAUUCUGGCAAAAGUCUCACAGUAUUCCUCAUUCUAGACUCUGGCAAAUGAAUUCUUUUAGGGUUAGCAGCUCGUUAAGCUUGAACGACCCCUCACAACUCUCAAGUAGCUGGGCCUUAGAACGCAUUCAUUUACCAGAAAAGAGAGCAAGAGGAGUACAUUUGAAAAAAGAAAAGGCACAUGUUUUUCAGCCUUCUUCAGUCGCUGUGGUUUAGAAUAAACCUCACUGAAUUUGAUCUUUAAUUAAAGGCCAACAAGGUCGCUGUAUGAGAUCAGCGUGGAGGGCUGCACUAUGCAUUACGUUGUGCGGUUAAUAAAUAAGGAAUACAUUCGAAACCAGCUGCAGAAAAUGAGAUGAAUUCAAAAUAUCUCAAUUAUGCUAGUGAAUAAUUUUAUGAAAUGAAAGCUUGACACAUAUGAUCAAGUUGUCACAAUAUCAAAAAAAUACCAUCUGUAUACAUGCAUUGUGGAGUGGAAGAAGUUAGCGUUGAAUUCUCAACAGAUCAAGGCUUUUUCUUUUGGCAGCAAAUUCUUCUGUCAGUGUGAUUACAUUGAUAACAAAAAAAGCACUCAGAGAGAGCAGUACUCCACCAAGGCUGCUCAUUCCCCCAUAUGGCAUUGUCAGAAAUGCAGCAUAUUUUAAUAGUUAUUGAGGAUCAGAAAUCAUGGCAACAUAGAAUGUGGCCAUGUAGUAUACAGGGGGUCCUCGGUUUACGUCAUCCUCGACCUACAGCGUUUCGUCAUUACUUCGGAACUGGUUGCUCUGCGAGGAACUAGUUGGCGAGCGGAGCGGAUAAAUACAUCGUCACACGGCGCUAUAAGAGGAAGACGACUUUGUUUACAGCAAUGAAAAGCUCUCCUUUUCUUCUUUUUUCUUUUUUUUUGUAUUUGCCUUGUGGAAGAUGCAGGUCUGCUGUCACACCUGCCGCCUCCAGAUGCUUUGAAAGUCUCUUCUGCCAGCCACUACCACAGUUACACCUCCAGUCUCCUCUCCCCAUCUCCAACCCUCCCUUCCUCCCUCACUCCCUCCUAUCCUCCUCACCACUCACCCUCACUCUCCUCCUCUCUAAAACCACUUUGCUUCAGCCAAAAAGAAUCAAAAUCAAAAUACAGCUACUUUUUAGAAAGACCAAAUUGCGUUGUAUCUUUUCCCCCUCAGCCCUUUUUCCGUAGUUGUGGUGGUGGCUUGUGUCUAAAAGUGGACGUACAACCGUGUGCUGUGCAGUAAUUAAUAGGGGUUAGUGUCAAACGGAGUUAAUGCUGACUUUGUUGCAAAUGGAAUUCAGUUUCACUCCAAGUGAAUGCAAACUCGGAAACAAAACUUGCUCACAAGUAGCUCAGAUUUUGGACACAGUUUUGCUAACCCAUCAGUGUGGAAGGUCAGAAAUGUUGGUGUUGGCAGAGAGUCAAAGCAAACUUGAAACCAGGUUCUGUAACUCAAGCUCAAUGCUGUGUUCAUACCAUCUGAGUGCUGUGGUUUUGCUUUUGCUGGGUUUCAUUCUCUUACUGACUAUUCACAGUUAGUUAUCACAUGUACCCAUAAACCGUUGUGUGUUGGGUUUGCUUCCUGUGGUUGUUCAGGACUCCAUUCCCAAACCCGCUCAUCAUAAAACAUGCUUGAAGAUGGACAUCCAUCAAUGAAUCAUCGGACACCAAAUGGCAUUAUUCCUACCGAGCCAAACAGACUGGACUAACGGACGGAACAGUCGUGACUUUGGAUAACCCCUUCGAAACAUGCUGAUUGUGAACGCAUCCUAAAUUUUGUGGGUUUCUGUUCCUUUUCCGAUGAAUCCGCUCAAUUCUUUUUGAUAGCUGGCUGCUUUUUAUCUGUUAAAUGUUCCUGGCAGCAUAGAUGGAGAUGGAGAUUUUUUUUUAGUGUGUUAAGAGUCACCAUGGUAACAAAAAUCUAAUAAAUCACAGAUCUAAUUGUUGAUGGAGAUGAGAUGUGACCUCGUAUUAGUGUGAAGUAAAUGCUUCUAUGUCGGUGGCAUUGUAUUUAAAAUACCCAAUAAAACACCGUGUCUCAUCUGG